UAAUAAUUCAAAUGUUUCUUCCAUCAGAUAAUGGCAUCACCACAAAUGAAGGAGCACCCAUCAGGUGUUGUGUUAAACACAAUAUCAAAAGCAGCAUCUCCGGAAUCAAAGUGCCCAAUAUGCCUGGAUCACUUUAAAAACAUAUCAUAUCUUGAUGUGUGCCUACAUAAGUUUUGCUUCUGCUGCAUUCAUGAGUGGUCAAAGAACAAAGCAGAAUGCCCCUUAUGCAAGCAGCCAUUUAAUUCAAUCUACCACACCAUUAAAUCUGAAGAUAACUACAAGAGGUUUGACCUGCGACCAACUGAGAAUGGCUCAUUUGGCAACAUGGCAGGGCAAAGAUUCAGGUAUCGCACCACACUUACAGGUGACCGCAGACCAGCACAGAGGAGAACAUCUCCCCCACCUGACCAUGGUGUCAUAUUUGAGGGCCUGAGAGGAUCUCUUCCACAGCGGCACAGCAGAGAUCUCCAUAGCAUGAUAAGGAGGCUGGCAGUAAGGCAAAGAAGAGAGAGUGAGGGCAGGUCUGUACAAAGUCUUCAUGAACAAGAAGUGAUUAAAUUCAGACGAGCCUUGUACAGAAGAGGUGUGCGAGUCCAAAGCGUGCAGGAUGGUGGCCGUACCAGGGAGACCUCCGCAGAGUUCUUUAAAAGAAAUCCUGCUUGUCUCCACAGGCUUGUACCUUGGUUGCGACGAGAGCUGACUGUUCUGUACGGUACCCAUGGUUCCCUUGUCAAUAUAGUGCAGCACAUCAUCAUGACUCUGAUCACUCGACAAAACUUGGACGACCAGGCUGUUCUACAUGAGCUUCGGCCCUUCUUGCUGUCCCACACUGAGCACUUCCUGCAUGAGUUUCUCAGCUUUGCUCAAUCCCCGUUCAACAUGGAGGCAUAUGACCAGCGUGCUGUUUAUGACUUGCCUCGGCCCUCCGGACAGAGUAGCAGUUCAGAAACAUCUGUGAUUGCCAUCUCUGAGGAUGAAAGUGAUUCUUUAGUGUCAGGAGCCCAGGAUUAUGCCACUCCUAGGGUGACUUUAAGCCAAACCGCAUGGGAUGAUGAGACCCCAGGGCCAUCCUACUCUUCAGAGCUAUCUCAGGUAUUACCUUUCCAUGUGAGGGACUCAGACUCUGAUAGUAGUGUUGGGGAAGCAGUGGUGUCUGUUGCUGCAGUGCCACAUCAGGACCGUCCAGGGAAUACUGCCACUAUUGCAGUGGAAGAAGAGGACUCCUCUGGCAGUGAUGAAGACUGUGUUAUUAUCAGCUAUGUUAAGCCAGUGGCAGAAAGGACACCAGAACUGGUCCAGCUUUCUUCUGACUCUGAACAUUCUGAUCAGAAUGAAGAGCCGCAAGACCCUCAGGCACCCCAACAUAUUCGUUUUACUUCAGAGUCGGAUUUGUCACCCACUGUAACUCAGAGACCCUCGAGGAGGCCAACAAGGUCCUCUCGCUCACCUGAUGACACCUCUACACAUCUUAGAAAAGAAGAUAAAUAUGGUAAAAGGAAUCAUGAAAGGGAGUUGUCAGGAUCUAGAGAAGGAUCCUCACACAGCAACAGGACACACUCUUCCUCUUGUAGCAGGAAUCACCCAGUGUCUAAAGAGAGCAAGCAUAACCGGAACCAAGGAAAGGACACAAGUCGCCACACCUCUAGUUAUUGGCAUUCAUAUAGCCAUUAUAGUCAGCAAGGCAGUGACAGGAGUUGUUAUACAGAGACAUGCUCAUCCUACACCAGCUACUACAGAAGUGUAUAUAAUCGACCUCAUUCUCUAUCACACAGCAGAAGGCGAAGCAUGGAUCGUGAGGACAGAAGUAGCUCAAGGAGCACUUCUAGAAUCAAGUCCGGCUCCUCCAGCGGUCAGGAAAGAAGACACUCAAGGAGCAAUUCCAAAAUCAACUCUUCAAAUCGUCGGCACAGAAGUCAUUAUGAGAGCCAUUCUAGAAUCAACUCCUCCAACCGUCGGGACAAAAGUCGCUCAAGGAGCAGUUCUAGAAUCAAGUCCAGUUCCUCCAACUGUCAGGACAGAAAUCACUCAAGAAGCAAUUCUCGAAUCAACUCCUCCAACCGUCAGGAAAGAAGUCGCUCAAGGAGCAAUUCUCGAAUCAACUCCUCCAACCGUCAGGAAAGAAGUCGCUCAAGGAGCAAUUCUCGAAUCAACUCCUCCAACCAUCAGGAAAGAAGUCGCUCAAGGAGCAAUUCUAGAAUCAACUCCAACUCCUCACAUCAGAUAUCACUGCAUGAUGAAUAUGGCAGAAAAAGGAAGUACAAAACAAAGCAUUAUGAGGAACCCUCAAGGAAGAGUCCUAGUAAUUUUUUCACAGAUUCUGCUGAAGAUGGUGCAAAAAAGAAAAACAAGAAGCAUCACAAAAGGUGCAAGAGGAAAAGUGAGAGUCCAAGCGUAGAUGACAAAUCUGAGGGUCAUAGUAGGAAACAUCACAAGAAGAAGAAAAAGAAACAUAAGAAGAGCAAGAGACAUAAUAGUGAGGGGAGGGUGGGAAAGCACAGCCCUGUUCUCAUUACAAUUAAUAGUGACAGUGACAAUGCUGACUCCAGUGAACCCUCAACCAGUAAUAUCUGCGGAGCUAGCUCCACUUUUACAACAGCAAACAGUUCUACAAAAACUGAAACUCAGCCGCUCAAGUCCAGUUUCCUAGACAUGGAGCAACAGUCAACUGCUGGAACUGAAUAUAGUUCAGUGGGUGAUGCUGGGAAUCAACUCAAGACUGAUUAACGCAAAUGCCUUCGUGAUUUUGUAUGUUCAAUUUAACUGUAAUUGAACUACUCAAUUUGUGGCGAAUAAAGAUUUUAUUACUUCUUGUAAUGCCC